CAUGAAUUUCUUUAGAGAAUUAGUCUCUGGAUAGAAAGUUAGAUUUAUUAAUGGACAAUAUAACUUGGAUCUCACAUAUAUUACCAAUCGUGUUAUUGCAAUGUCAUUCCCAGCUUCUGGAUUUGAAAGCACCUUUAGAAACAAUAUUGAUGAUGUAGUGAAAUUUUUAUAAGAACAUCAUGGGGAUAAAUAUAUGCUGUAUAACUUGAGUAAUAGGAAGUACAAUUAUGAGAAGUUUGGAGAGAACAGAGUAAGUAGAGUGAUAUUAAUCUGAGAUUCUUGAGUUUGCAUGGGAAGAUCAUCAUUCACCGCCAAUAGAUAUGCUUUUUGAUGUGUGCAAGAAAGUGGAUUAAUUUCUAAAUGAAGACAUCAAUCAUGUAGCUAUCAUCCAUUGUUAAGCCGGAAAAGGUAGAACAGGGACAUUGAUUUGUUGUUAUUUGUUAUAUAGUGGCAGAGCUAGUAAUCCAGAUGAAGCUAGACUUUAUUAUUCCAAGAAGAGAUUCAAUAAAGCAAAAUCUGGAGUUACUUAACCAUCCUAAAUCAGAUAUAUAGAAUAUUUUAAUCAAAUCUUCAAAUCACCUGAUUAUUGUGCUUAAUUAAAAAAGUUAUCAGCAAUUACAUUAGUUGGGUAUUAUAUGAUAUGUAUAAAUAUAUAUAUAGACCAUCUCCUAAGAUGUCUGGAAAUACAAGCAAACCUUAUGUAGAUAUAUAUACAGUGAAAGAUAUGAGGAAGUAAAUUAUCUAUUAUUAUACAAAAGAAUAUAUAGUGGAUUAUAGGAAGCAUAAAUGAAAAAUUAUGAAUAUAAAGGGAAUGAAUUGGUUUUAUAGUUAAAUACUGUGAUUUAUGGAGAUAUUUUAAUAAAAUUUUAUCAUUGUGGUAGUUUAAGAUAGAAGUUUAUGUUUAGAUUAGCAUUCAAUACAUGUAUGAUUGAUGAAUCAAAGUAAUCACUAAUUUUAGCUUAGUUAAUUAUUAUUUUAUCUAUAAAAUUUGGAUCCAGAUUCAACAUUCAAAAAUAAAAAGUAUAGUAAGGAAUUUUAAGUAAGAUUGUAAUUUUAGGAUAUUUGUGAAAUUUGUACAUAAAGAUAACAAUUUUAAUAGAAAUGUUAAAAUUGUUAAUAAGAAAUGUAAUCAGAAUAUAAUUCUUGGAGUUUAGUGUACUAAAUAAUGAAUGUAUUUAGAUAUUAUUUAAUUUAUAGGAAUAUCCUAAAUAUAAAUUGAUAUAGAGUAAGAUUUUGUUGUUUGGAGAUCCUUAAGAUGAUGACUUUCAUGAGACUAUAGCAAAAUUAUAAAAUGGUGAUUAAGUGGAAUCUGAUGAUGAUUCAGAGAGUGAUUAAGAUAGUGAUGGAGAAUAGAAAGAAUAAAGAUUAUAACAAUAAUGAUU